AUGAAAUCUAAAGUUAGCCACCAAAACAGUUUUUUGAGAGUCAUUACAAUUCCCUAUCGGGCUCUGUGCAAAGCCCGAGAUUUCUACGUGAGAAGCAUUACAGAUUGCUCAGACAUGGCCAAUUAUCGUCCCACGAACAUGCGUGGCCUGCCAAAGAGCUACAGCGUCAGGUCAUCCUUGUCGUCGGAAAGCGAGGAUUUCAGGGAGCUCGUUCGGGCUUCGUCAAGCCGGAGAACUGACCUGGAUUUGGAGUUGUACCUGCAACAACAGAAGAAAGUCGGGGCGGUUUCAAGGGCCGAGAUGCCGAGGAGUAUCAGCGUGGCGAUGGGGAGAAUCGAUGAAGAUCGUCCGUGUUGUUCCUUUGGAGAUAUGAACGUGAAUUCGAAUAGGGAAUUCAAGUAUCCCAGAAGCAGAAGCCACGAUGUGGCAACAUCAUCAGCCAGCCUUUUGAUUUAA